AUGAGAGAAGUAACAUCUAAAGAGGACACAAAUGAGUGGUGGGAAGAGAAUAGUAAGGUCAUUAGGAGGGUGGCAGAGGAGGUGCUAGGAAAAACAUCUGGGAAAGGAAUGCCUCAAGGAAAAAAUAUAUGGUGGUGGAGUGAGGAAGUUCAAGUUAAGAUCAAGGAAAAGAAGGCGGCGAGAAGAAAGUUUGAAACAUCAGGUAGAGAGGAAGAUCGAGCAGCAGCAAAAUCAGCCAAUAAAGAGAUAAAGGAUGGAGAAGGAAGAGUACUCAGUGACGAGAAUGAAAUUAGGAAUAGAUGGAAGGUCUACUUUGAAAAGCUACUGAAUGAGGAGAAUGAGAGGAGAGUUUUUGGAGAAGCUACUGGACCAAAUGAAGUACCAGCAGAAGCAUGGAAAAGUUUGGGCGAUGAUGGAGUGGAUCUCUUGUGGGAUCUUUUCAGUAAGAUCUAUGAUCAAGGAAAGAUGCCCAAUGCAUGGAGGGAGAGUGUGAUCAUACCAAUAUAUAAAGAAAAGGGGGACAUACAAGAGUGCGGGAACUACCGAUGA